UCAUAACAAACAUAAGCCCGAACCGUUUGCUGUGUCAGGGGUAUUCUGCCGAAUAAUAUCUGCUUGUGGGGCGUCUUGGAAAAGUCUGAGUCAUAAAUUGGCGACAUUUAUGCGGUAUUCUUGUGACAGGGUGGCUUGCGGUGUCUUGCAAGGGUGUGCGCGAGAGCAGAUGGAGGCUGAAAGCAGAUGACAAGCUUGAUAUUUUCAUAUUUGUCGAAAGUGGUCAGCCCAUGUGAGGCCGUUUUUCAUCGGUGAAGUGGUCCCAGAGGAUGUUGUGAGUGGAUCCAAGCUCUGCAAAGAUGAGUAUCAACAAGGUGAUAAAGUACUCAGGAUCUCAACCAAUAACCAUCAAGAGGUGGAAAGCCAAAGAAGGGGAUUUUGUGUCUGUUGGUGCGAUCCUGUUCACCUAUGUGCCUGCUCAAGAAGCCACAAAUGCUAACAGGAUAGCAGACGAGCUCAAGUUCAAGAGUGACACAUUUGGCAACCUGGAGAAGAUCACAGUGAAGAGUGGAGAUGUUGUUCAUCCAGGCUUGGAAGUUGCACAGAUGGGUGCCUGCCAGCACCCUGUUGUCAUGAAGGACUUGUGUGCAGAGUGUGGGGCUGACUUAAGAACUGAGGAUAACCAAGGCUCUGCCUCUGUGGCCAUGCUUCAUAGCAUUCCUGAGCUGAGGGUGAGCAAAGAACAGGCUGAGACUAUUGGCAAAAGGGAUACUGAGCUGUUAUUGAAGCACAAAAAGCUUGUGCUGCUGGUGGACUUAGAUCAAACCCUUAUCCAUACCACCAAUGAUGAGAUACCAGCAAACAUCAAGGAUGUCUACCACUUCCAGCUGUAUGGUAGCAAUUCACCAUGGUACCACACAAGGUUUCGUCCUGGCACUCAAACAUUCCUGGAAAAUAUUUCAAAGUAUUACGAGCUGCACAUCUGCACCUUUGGUGCCCGCUUGUAUGCUCACACCAUUGCUGGGUUCCUGGACCCAAAAGGUGUAUACUUCUCCAACCGGAUACUGUCGAGAGAUGAGUGCUUCAACCAACAGAGCAAGAGAGCCAAUCUCAGGGCACUAUUCCCUUGUGGUGACAACAUGGUGUGCAUCAUUGAUGACAGGGAAGAUGUGUGGAACUAUGCACCCAACUUGAUCCAUGUGAAGCCCUACCACUUCUUCAAGCACACAGGAGACAUCAAUGCUCCUCCAGGCCUGGAAAAGGCUGAGCAGGAUGAAAAGGAGGGCUUUGACUUCUCCACCAUCCAGACAGCUCCAGAAAAGGAGGAAACAGAAACAUCAUGUGCAAAUGCAGGGGCCCAAAGGCGAGAUUCCAUGCCAAACCUUACUGAUGAUGAGGAUUCAGAUGAGAAAGUCCUUCCCCAGGUGUCAGACACAGCACUAACUGAGGGACUCACUGAGGACCUCAGCCUGUCUGAAGACGAAAACGAGCCUUCUGACGAUGCCCCCAAAACAGCUGUCAGCGAAGACCCCACUGCCGAGCUAGUAGCAAGUGACGGGCCGUCCAGCACAAAAGCGGCGACCGCCAAUGACGCAGAGAAGGCGCCCGAGCCGGCCCGGCCAGAAGGCACCUCGGCCAAGCCGGCCCGGCCCGAGGGCAGUUCGGUUGAGGCGGGCUGCGAGUCGGUCCGGCCAGGGGGCAGUUCGGUUGAGGCGGGCUGCGCGUCGGUCCGGCCAGAGGGCAGUUCGGUUGAGGCGGGCGGUGAGCCGGUCCGGCCAGAGAGCAGUGCGGUUGAGGCGGGCGGUGAGUCGGCUCGGCCAGAGGACAUGGAGGCGGGCGGUGAGCCGGCCCGGGCAGAGGGCAGCUCGGGGGAGGCGGGCGGCGGGUCGGCCCGGCCACAGAGCAGUUCGGGGGAGGCGGGCGGCGAGUCACCGGACGGCGGCGGCGGGCGGGGGACAGAGAAGGCUGCCCCUUCGUCCGCCGAAGGCAGCUCCGACUGCGGCGAGUCCAAGCCGGCCGUAGGCGCCUGCAAUAGUGCCACCUCAGACGAGUCUCGCGCCGAGGGCAGCCAGGCCACCAAGUCGGAGCCGACGCCUGUGUCUGAGGGGUGCGUCAACAAUGGUGCCGUGCCAGAGGGCAAGGUGUCGCGUGAGAUCGAGGUGCGUGAUGAAGACGAUUACCUGUUGCAUCUGGAGGACAUCCUGCUUCUCAUCCACCGCGCGUUUUACUCGAUGCUGAAGAAGUGCGACACGCGCGAGCCCCCCGACCUCCGCUUGCUCAUCCCGUACGUGCGGAAGAAGGUACUGAAGGGCGUGCGUCUCGUCUUCAGUGGCGUCGUGCCAAACAAUGUCGAGCUGAGCACCAGUCGACCGUACCAAGUAGCUGUCAACUUGGGCGCCGUGGUGCAGGAGAAGCUCGUGCGCAAGGGCCCGCGCGAUGAGCUCACUACGCACCUCGUGGCCGCACGGCUCGGGACGGCCAAGGUUAACGAGGCGCUGCGCUCCAAGCGCAUCCAGCUGGUGACGCUCGACUGGCUGUGGUCUUGCGCCGAGCGCUGGGAACGCGUCGAAGAGCGGUUGUAUCCGCUUCGCGCCGAGACGGCGGUGAGCCGCGCGCCGCCGGCGCACUGCUCCAGCCCCGACCCGGAGGGCGAGCGGACGCGUCGGCAGAGCUUUCAGGAGACGCUCAACCCGCUGCUGACAUUCUCGCCCGACGACAUCGCGCGCAUGGACGAGGAGGUGGAGGACAUACUGCAGAGCGGCUCCGACGCCGACGACGACGACGAGGCGGCCGGUGGCUCGUGCGCGCGCGCCGCCAAGCGGCCGGCGCGCGAGGACGAGGACUCGAGCGAGGACGAGUCGCCGAGCGUGAGGUUCCGUCGCGGCGAGCCGCUGCCCAGUGACGACGAGCUGGGCGGCGACGGCAACGACAGUGAUGGCGGCCCUGACCUCGAAGAGGACUGGAGCAUGAUGGGCGCCGAGCUCGAGCGAGAGCUGGGUGGCGAGUGACGCCCGCUGGUGAGCCCGGGACGCUGGUGUGAGCGGGUGCACGAAUGCGUGACGGGGUGAUGGAGUGGCUGGGUCUGCAAGCGAGAGGAGGCGACCGCGCAGUACGCCGACUCG